GUGCCGGACACACCGGUUGUCAGGUGUGAAGAGAUCGUCCAUGUAAUGUAAAACUGAAGAAGGCUUCUCGUCUCUGUCGAUGUGUCAACACCAGUUUUAUGUAGCAAAACCCGCCCUGAAGAGGUAAAAACAAGGCACGCAGCCAACCCACGGGUUUAUAUCGCAUCAUUAACCGCUUGUUGGUAAUGUCACUUCCUGUUUCGGACCAAGCAGUGUGACGGUUUGUGCCAGGAUGAGGAGAGAUCUUCGGGGGGCACUGCUCCUGCUGCUGACUGCAGCUGUGCAGUCCAGCAGCAUGUCUGCACCAGGGAAACCGGUCCUGCUCAGCUGCAGGUCCCCAGAGAAGGAGACGUUCACCUGCUGGUGGGAGCCAGGCUCUGAUGGGGGGCUGCCCACCACCCACCACCUGUAUUACGAGAGAGAAAGAUUGGAGGGGACGUACGAGUGUCCGGACUAUCUGUCAGCUGGCAGGAACUCCUGCUUCUUUGACAAGAACCACACCUCCAUCUGGGUCGACUACUACCUGACUGUAAUGGCCUCCAAUGCCCUCGGGAAUGCCACUUCAGACCCCUUCAAGAUGGAUGUGAUGGAAAUCGUGAAGCCCGAUGCUCCUGGAAAUGUAACGCUGCGGGUGGAAGAGAGAGAGGCCAGUCCAUGUCUCCACGUCAGAUGGAUGCCUCCCUCUAACACAGACACCAAGUCCGGUUGGGUCACUAUUAAAUAUGAACUAAGGGUCAAAAAAGAUAACAGCAACAACUGGAAGGAGUACACGUCAGGCACGCAAACUCACUUCAGCCUGUACAGCGUCAGUCCUGGGGGGGUGUACACAGUGCAGGUCCGCUGCUUACUAGAUCACGGCUCCUGGAGCGAGUGGAGCAACACCACCUUUGUGAAAAUCUCCAACUAUCUUCAGAAUGAGAGACCGUUGUCGAUGUUGAUUUCUAUCCUCUCUGCCAUCCUAUUCAUAAUGGCAGGGUUGAUUUUAAUUGCGAAGAGGAAAUCGGUAAAGCAGUGGGUUCUCCCCCCUGUUCCUGGUCCAAAGAUAAGAGGAAUCAAUUCUCAACUUCUCCAGAGUGGGGGAUCUGACGACGUCGGCAAUGUCCUGAUCAUCAAACAGAGCUUUCCUCCUAUUUAUUUUGUCUGGGAGGACCAGAUGGAGGAUUACCUAAUUGUGACUGAAAAUGAAGAUUGGCUUUCGUCCAACUCUCAGAAAAGGAAGAAAAGCUUGAUUCCUGCUUGCUUCCACUUCGAUUCGGAAAUCCAUUCUAAAGAGUCACCCUGCCACCAAAAUGACUGGGAAAAGGAUGAGGAAAUUAGCCAAGUGGAUAACAACAACAAACCAUUCACGAACACAGGUUAUGUGGAUUUUCAGAGAAAUGUGGAAAACGUUGAUGUGAAGCAUGUGGACUACAGCAGAGUUAAAGAGGUGAAAAGUGACAAUAUUAUUUUCCUCGAGAAAGAAAAGGUCCAGAGCUCUGGCUACAUACACUUUCAGAGACAAGAGGGAAUACCAGAGGACUACAGCAGGGUGAAAGAGGUGGAGAGUGAUCAUUUGGUCGUCCUGCAGAAACAGAAUGCAGCUGACCUGUCCUGUAAAGACGAGGGAAACCACUACACAGACUGUGCCCUUCACAAGCCAAGAAAACCUCAUGUAUGCACAGAACUCAGCGAUAGUGGAUAUGUAGAUACAAUCCCUGCACCACCUUUGAUGUAAAGUUUUUGUUUUAUAUUCAGUGUACAAAUAUAAAAGUAAUAUGUCCUGAUUUAUUGUUGAGAGUUAAAGAAAAAGGCUGCAAAUAUUCUA